UGUGGUUCCUAAAUGCCCCUUUAGAUUAGCUUCUCUCUCCCUCCUGAGCUCACAAUACAUAUAUACAAUUUACACACAGAGAGAUAAUGAGGAAAAGUAAACUAACUAGACUAGGGGGAGGAGUAGAAGAAGAGAAGCCGGUGUGAUGUUGAACUGGGGCCCGGUGUUGGUCGGGGUGGUGCUGUUCGUGGUGCUGACACCGGGGCUGCUGUUUCAGGUCCCCGGACGCCGCAGUUUGGUGGAGUUCGGCAACUUGCAGACGAGUGGCACCUCCAUACUUGUCCACUCCCUCAUCUACUUCUGCCUCGUCUGCCUCUUCAUCAUCGUCAUCAACCUCCAAAUCUACAUUGCGAAUCUGAGAGAUAGAGAGAUGGCGGACUGGGGACCGGUGGUUAUAUCGGUGGUGCUGUUCGUGCUGCUGAGCCCGGGGCUGCUGUUUCAGCUGCCGGGGAAGGGGAGGGUGGUGGAGUUCGGCAACAUGCAGACCAGCGGUCCUUCCAUCCUCGUCCACACCAUCAUCUUCUUCUGCCUCACCACCAUCUUCCUCAUCGCCCUUGGUGUCCAUAUCUACGCUGGUUAAGUACUUGCGCGGUUCUCCGACAACUGAUCUGAGAAGUUAAAAGACUAAUUCAUCCUAUACAGACCUCAGGUCAAAUUCAGUUUGUUGUCUCAAUUCAGUGCCAUUUUUCAGUCUGUUUCAUGUUCAGUUAUUGUUUUCUGUAUCGGUCUGAUUCGCCGAGGAAUCGGACUGUUUCGUAACUUCCAAUUCUUGAGAAAGUUGUUCCCUUUUGGUGAAGAGAAAGUGGGCUCAUGAACCUUAUUGAUGAUCA